AUGCAAGAUUCCACCGCCGGCACGGUCGCCCGCAGUUUCGUUUCCACCUGGGUUGCAAUGGUCGGUGUCCCUUCUCAGAACACCAUCGACAGGGGCAAGCAAUUUGAAUGUCGCCUAUUCACAUCACUAACGCAGCUCCUCGGUACCAACCGUUGUCGCACGACUGCAUAUCAACCCUGCACCAACGGUAUCGUCGAACGCUUCCGCCGUCACCUGAAGGCGGCCAUCAUGGCCUAUGGCAAUUCAUCCAAAUGGCAGGACUGCCUUCCGUUAGUCCUUCUCGGACUUCGGACCUCAUGGAAAGAGGAUUUAUGCUGCACCGCUGCCGACCUUGUGUAUGGAAGCAACCUCACCCUUCCGGCCCACUUCUUCGAGCCCACUUCCUCACCUGCCAUUAAUCCCACGGACUACGUAGAGGACCUGCGGCAGCACUUCUCCAGUAUCACUCUCACUCCUACACUAGUCCGACAAGCCUUUUGUCUCUCCGCCACUCACGUCUUCCUCCGAACUGACGCAUUGAGGAAAUCGCUGUGA